AUGGCAGCCUUAUACAAGGUCGCUCUCGUCACCUUUGGGCUCAUGACUGGAGCCAACGCAUGGGGUUCCUUAGGACAUGCAACAGUCGCCUAUGUCGCGCAGAAUUACCUAUCUUCCGACACAGCAGCAUGGGCCCAGGGUGUUCUCAACGACACCUCCACCUCAUACCUAGCCAACAUAGCCUCCUGGGCUGACACAUACCGCGCAACAACCGCAGGCAAAUGGUCCGCUCCCUUCCACUUUAUUGACGCAGAAGACAGUCCCCCAACAGACUGCAACGUGAAUUACGAGCGCGACUGCGGAGACUCGGGAUGCUCAGUCUCUGCCAUCGCAAACUACACCCAGCGUGUCAGCGAUGGGAGCCUCUCAGCCGCCCACAUUGACGAGGCGCUGAAAUUUCUUGUCCACAUCAUCGGUGAUCUCACUCAACCACUCCAUGACGAGGCUUAUGAAGUCGGUGGCAAUGAUAUUGCUGUUACUUUCAAUGGCUACAGUGAUAAUCUGCACUCGGACUGGGAUACAUACAUGCCCGAGGAGUUGAUUGGUGGGUACUCACUGGCUGAUGCGAAGUCGUGGGCUACUACCCUGAUUUCGGAGAUUAGUACUGGGAGCUACAAAUCCGAGGCCGCGAGCUGGAUUGAGGGUGAUACUAUCAGCGAUGCUGUUACCACUGCUACGCGGUGGGCGUCAGAUGCAAAUGCCUAUGUAUGCACCGUCGUUAUGCCGAAUGGAUCCGCGGCGUUGCAGACAGGAGAUCUGUAUCCUACUUAUUACAAUUCUGUGAUCGGGACUAUUGAGCUCCAGAUUGCCAAGGGAGGAUAUCGGCUGGGAAAUUGGUUGAAUCUGAUCUACCACACUAAGGUUGCGAAGCGUGAUCUUGGAGAUGUGCUUGAGGAACGAGAUGCCGCUCCGGAGACAGCUGACUGGAUGCCAGUGUCUCGUCCGUUGAGUCGGGCUAAUAUCGCUAGAGCUGCUAUGGGUGGAUCUUGCUGUGGUUCUGAGAAGCGGAAUCACGCACACUGA